UCACCGUCUCCACUCCCGAUCUCCCCGCUCCCCGCGUCCCGUCUCCGAUCCACCCAAACACCCGCACCGCCGCGCUACGCGAGCACGGCACCGCGGCGCGGCGCGACUCCGCAGGCGACAAGCCGAGGAGAAUCCCGCGCCCGCCCGCCCGCAUCACCGCCGGAUGGCCGCCGGCCGUCGCCGGUAGGGCGAUAGGCGGGUAGAUCCAGAUCCGGCGGGGCGGGAUCAUAUACACCCCGCGCCGAUGGCGGGCGCGGUGUCGGCGCUGUUCCUUCUGGACAUCAAGGGCCGCGUCCUCGUCUGGCGCGACUACCGCGGCGACGUCUCCGCCCUCCAGGCUGAGCGCUUCUUCACCAAGCUCCUCGACAAGGAGGGCGACUCGGAGGCGCACUCGCCGGUGGUCUACGACGAUGCCGGGGUCACCUACAUGUUCAUCCAGCACAACAACGUGUUCCUACUAACCGCCUCCCGCCAGAACUGCAACGCCGCCAGCAUCCUCCUCUUCCUCCACCGCGUCGUUGAUGUGUUCAAGCACUAUUUCGAAGAGUUGGAGGAAGAGUCGCUGAGGGAUAACUUUGUCGUUGUGUAUGAGUUGCUUGAUGAAAUGAUGGAUUUUGGGUACCCACAAUACACGGAGGCGAAAAUCUUAAGUGAAUUCAUUAAGACGGAUGCGUACAGGAUGGAGGUAUCACAGAGGCCACCUAUGGCAGUGACAAAUGCCGUGUCAUGGCGGAGUGAGGGUAUUCGGUACAAGAAGAAUGAAGUGUUCUUGGAUGUUGUGGAGAGUGUUAACAUUCUUGUUAACAGCAAUGGGCAGAUUGUGAGAUCAGAUGUUGUUGGGGCACUGAAGAUGCGGACAUAUUUGAGUGGAAUGCCUGAGUGCAAACUUGGAUUGAACGAUAGGGUUCUUUUGGAGGCUCAAGGCCGAGCUACUAAAGGAAAAGCAAUAGAUCUUGAUGAUAUUAAAUUUCACCAGUGCGUGAGGUUGGCUAGAUUUGAGAAUGAUAGAACUAUAUCCUUCAUACCUCCUGACGGAUCUUUCGAUCUAAUGACAUACAGACUUAGCACCCAGGUAAAACCACUUAUCUGGGUGGAAGCACAAAUUGAGAAACAUUCAAGAAGCCGAAUAGAACUUAUGGUGAAAGCAAGAAGUCAGUUUAAGGAAAGGAGCACAGCAACAAAUGUUGAAAUUGAAGUGCCUGUUCCUUCAGAUGCUACGAACCCUAAUAUAAGAACUUCAAUGGGCUCUGCUGCAUAUGCACCUGAGAGAGAUGCAAUGGUCUGGAAAGUAAAAUCAUUUCCUGGUGGCAAGGAUUACAUGUGCAGAGCUGAAUUUAGUCUUCCAAGUAUAACUGCAGAAGAAGCAGCUCCUGAAAAGAAGGCACCAAUACGAGUGAAAUUUGAGAUACCAUAUUUCACUGUGUCGGGUAUUCAGGUUCGCUAUCUGAAGAUCAUUGAAAAGAGUGGGUACCAGGCGCUUCCUUGGGUUAGAUACAUUACAAUGGCUGGUGAAUACGAACUGAGACUUAUAUGAGUUAUCUCUGAUAUGGCUGCUCAAAGAUUUUGAUGCUAAAUUUCAACUCCCAAGAUACAUGUUUGAUGCUCGAUAUACAACAUAUAGUUGGCAUUGGGACGUUGCCAUGGAAGUCUUUGAAAAGCUCAACCAUGCAAGGUUUUUCUGUCUCGUUGUUCAUCUUGUUAGUGUUACUUUACCAUGGUUACUGUAAGUUACCCAUCAAGUAUAGCUUUGAAAAAAACUUUUUUUUUGUUCACUUGUAUCAUUAUUGAUUUAUUUUUGUGGGUGUCGAACUUUCCCCCUUUUGUACUACACAAAAAUCUUGAGCUGAAUUGGUAUAAAUGAAAUACCUGGGCGGUGCUUUUGAAGUCCAGAUUAAAACU